AUGAAUAAACUCUCGGCGAAGGUCUCUCCCUGCUCUGCUCCCACACCUGCUGUCCUGCACCUGCCCACAUCUACAGAAGGUGCUGACCCUCAGAAGGACCUCAGGACAGAGAGCGAGGUCAGGGGUCAGGAGGUCAGCUCCUGCUGCUCUCGCUGCCCACUGAAGGCCGUGCUACGGCUGACCGCUGGCCUGCUGCUGGCCGGCUGUGUGUCGGCCACCUGGGCGUGGGCAGCUCACAGCGCCAAACACACGCUGACCCGCCUGCAUGCUCCCUUCUUCAUCAUCUGGUUCUGCAGCAACUGGAACGUCCUGUUCUUCCCUCUGUAUUACCUGGGACACCUGCUGGGGUCAGAGCGGAGAGAGUGGCCCACCGUCCAGCUGCGGAAGUGCAGCAGGUUUCUGGGUGAUGGAGAUCUGACGCUGAGGUUGGUGCUGAAGGGUGCAGCUCCGUUCUCUCUGCUCUGGAGUGUUUCAGGGUAUCUUCACCUGCUGUCCCUCUGCAGGAUCUCCAUCAGCGAUGGCAGCGCGGUGCUCUGCUGCAGCCACGCCUUCGCCUUCCUGCUCAGCUGGAUCGGACUGAAGGACCGCUUCAUGGGCGUCAGGAUAGUGGCCGCUAUCCUCUCCAUCACUGGUAUUGUCAUGCUGGCCUAUGCUGACGGUUUCCAUAGCAACUCGAUCACAGGGGUGGCUCUGGGAGUCGGGUCAGCUUCCACCUCAGCUUUCUACAAGGUGUUGUUUAGGAAGCAUGUGGGCGAGGUUGGACCCGGUGCGGUGUGUGUGCUGCUGUCCUGUGUAGGUGUGUGUAAUCUGCUGCUGCACUCGUGGCUGUGUGUGUUACUGUACCUCACACACACGGAGUACUGGAGCCCAACACAGCAGAGCGUCCCCUGGAGCUCCCUCUGCACCACCGCCGCCCUGCUGCUCCUGUUUAACGUUCUGGUGAAUUUGGGUGGAGUGGUCAGUUACCCUGCCCUGAUUUCACUUGGCAUCCUCCUCACCAUCCCGGCUAGUGUAGCUGUAGACUGGUGUAUGUCGGUCACUCUGGUGGUCAGUAAUGUGCGUGGAGCAGCUUUUGGGAUCAUCUCUGCUGGGUUCCUGCUGCUGCUGCUGCCAGAGGACUGGGACGAGCGAGCGCUGCGCUGGUUCGGGACGCUGUGGCACAGCCGGGACGAGUCAGUGCUGGGGGAGGACGGGGGGACAGACACACCCAGACCCAAACCCAAACUGGCCGGAGUGGCAGCGCUGCCCUGA